CGCGGUCUGUGGUGGCGCGGGCGGAGAAUUGCUCUUAAAGGGCCAGCGUACGCGAGUCCUUUUGUUCCGGGGCCACAGGGCGGGGCAGGCCCAACUUUGGCUGUUUCCUUGCCUACUCUCCAGAACCGCCAUGAUCUCCCAAUUCUUCAUUCUUUCCUCCAAAGGGGACCCGCUCAUCUACAAGGAUUUCCGCGGCGACAGUGGCGGUCGGGACGUGGCCGAGCUGUUCUACCGGAAGCUGACGGGACUGCCUGGAGAUGAGUCCCCGGUUGUCAUGCACCACGAUGACCGUCAUUUUAUUCACAUCAGACACAGCGGCCUCUAUUUGGUGGCCACGACUUCAGAAAACAUAUCUCCCUUCAGCCUCCUAGAGCUGCUCUCCCGGUUGGCCACUCUCCUGGGCGAUUACUGUGGCUCCUUGGGUGAAGGAACCAUAUCCCGCAAUGUGGCUCUUGUCUACGAGCUCCUGGAUGAAGUGCUGGACUAUGGCUAUGUGCAAACCACAUCCACAGAGAUGCUGAGGAACUUCAUCCAGACAGAGGCUGUGGUCAGCAAGCCCUUCAGCCUCUUUGACCUCAGCAGUGUUGGCUUGUUUGGGGCCGAGACACAGCAGAGCAAAGUGGCCCCCAGCAGUGCAGCCAGCCGCCCCGUCCUGUCCAGCCGCUCUGACCAGAGCCAAAAGAAUGAAGUGUUUUUGGAUGUAGUCGAGAGGCUGUCUGUACUGAUAGCAUCUAACGGCUCGCUGCUGAAGGUAGAUGUGCAGGGAGAGAUCCGGCUCAAGAGCUUUCUUCCCAGUGGCUCUGGUGAGAAAUCUGCACGCUUGGCCCAGGAGAUGCGCAUUGGCCUGACAGAAGAGUUUUGUGUAGGGAAGUCAGAACUAAGAGGUUACGGCCCAGGAAUCCGGGUGGAUGAGGUCUCAUUUCACAGCUCGGUGCUUCUGGAGGAGUUUGAGUCUCAUCGAAUUCUCCGCUUGCAGCCCCCUCAGGGCGAGCUGACUGUGAUGCGGUACCAACUCUCAGACGACCUCCCCUCCCCACUCCCCUUCCGGCUCUUUCCCUCUGUACAGUGGGACCGAGGCUCAGGCAGGCUCCAGGUUUACCUGAAGUUACGGUGCGACCUGCCCCCGAAGAGCCAAGCUCUCAACGUCAGGCUGCACCUUCCCCUGCCUCGAGGGGUGAUCAGCCUGUCUCAGGAGCUGAGCGGCCCCGAACAGAAGGCAGAGCUCGGGGACGGAGCCCUCCGCUGGGACCUGCCUCGGGUGCAAGGCGGCUCCCAGCUGUCAGGCCUUUUCCAGAUGGAUGUUCCAGGCCUCCCUGGGCCUCCUGGCCAAGGACCCUCCACCGUGGCCCCUCCGCUGGGGCUGGGCCCCGCCAGUCUCUCUUUUGAACUUCCCCGGCACACGUGCUCUGGCCUCCAAGUUCGCUUCCUCAGGCUGGCGUUCAGACCCUGUGGUAACACCAACCCCCACAAGUGGGUGCGACACCUAAGCCACAGUGAUGCCUACGUCAUUCGGAUCUGAGGCUCCCCAGACGAGGAUGCAGGCAGCAAAAUCUACGGAACCAGAGAAGGACAAUAGUGUCUUUUCCACCCUUCCGGCCCAUGGUCAUGGACCUGGCUGAAGAGUCCUGAGUCCCAGCAGAGCAAUCCUGGUUGACAUGUUUGACCUUCCCGUGGCACCUGACACAGGAAGGACUGAGGUGAUCAGAAUUUACAAAUGAAACUUUUAUUCUGAGGAACGGACUGUACAGUAUCUAAAAAAAAGUAACAUGGAGGAAGCAAACUAUUACUUCCUUCCACCCAGCAUGUAUGUGUCUGUGUAUGUGAGAGAGAGAGAAAAUCAGGGAGAGAAGAUUGGCAGAUGUGUGAAAGCAUUAAGGCGCAGGCUGAGGGGAGCCAGACCCAGGGGGCUGGGAGCCAUUAGCUUUUGGAGUCCCUGGGGCUGGAGGGGGGCUAUCCCCAGCUUCCUGUUUUCCCCCACAGAGGGCACUGCCCCCAAGUGGGGAGGGGGCUGAGGAUGGGGCAGGUGCUGGAGAAGGAUGGGAGGCAGGGCCUCCUUUGCCCUCCCCUGUAGGGGGAAGAGAAACCACGAUGUACUUCUGGACGCUGCCGGGACCAGAGGGAGCAGUGCUGGGGGGUGCAGUGGUGGCGGUGGAGACCAGCUUGACGAUGGGCUGCACGCUGGGGACCGUGGUGGUGACAGGAGAGGUAGUGGUGGAGCCUGAGCCAGGGGCUGAGGUGCUGAGGGACAGGACCUGGGGGGAGAAAAUAGAGGCGCUGCCUGGGGGACAAUUCACCUGCUCCAGCAGAAGAACUGAUGAUUUGUCCAGUGCCCAGGAGCCUGUAGGCCUGAGAGCUGAGCUCAGGAUGAGCAGCUAUGCCUCGCAGGCCUCAGCGAAGCGCUCCUUCCUGCUCCUGUCUUCAGACCCAGAGGGGACCGGGCUCGCCUCUGGGGCCUCCAGGGUACUUGGGAGGUAACCCUGGUCACGCUCCCCACCCUCUGCGGUCCCACCUGGCUCCCAGUACCUGUUGGGUGGAUGAGGCGCUGGAGGAUGAGGACAUUACAAUGAACUUGGUUGGAGGAGGGGAAGGCUGAGGUGGGGCAGCAGCUCGCGCAGACACCAAGGUCUGCACAGGCAGUGCGAUGGAGCCAGGGACCUUCAGCAAGCCAGGGGUCCGAGGGCCAGGCUGAGGGGCCUGGGAGAGGGUCAGCGUGGGCCGGGGCUGCACGAAGAGAGGCAAGAAGGAAAUGUGAAAAUCUGUGAGACAGAGGAGCACCUACUGCUGCUCCUCAGCAGGUCUCACUGGUGUUGGGGAAUCAUCUGCUAAGGGGGCCCAGAUUCUCCCAGGAGUCUCACUCAGAGGGCGCGGUGUUUUAUAAAAGCAAGCUCGCGUCUGAGAGUCCCCACCCUGAAGGGAACCAUGGCCCUGUGCCCGCUGCCUGCCCCCUUCCCACAUGUUUCUUCACCAGACGCCUCUCCGCCCCCCCCCCCCCCCCCCCCCCCCCCCCCCCCCAGUCCCUGACCUGAGUGAUGGUCAGAGUGGUCCUGUUGACCUGCUGAGCCUGCAGAGCAGCCUGGGCCCGGGCCUUGACAACAUGGGAGCAGAGGAGGGGUCCGAGGGACCCAAAUUCUGCCCGAUAGGCAUCUUGGUUGUCAGGUGGCAGGCGCAGCUUUGCCAGAACAGGGGCACAGUGUUUCUGCAGAGAAAAGCCAGGUAGGUGGAGGGCUGGGACUCUCAGGAAGGGACAAGAAGCGGGAAGAAAGGAAACUGCCCGUAAUUUCAGUGUGUUGUGUUGCAGGCCAGCUGCUGGGCUGGCAGUGUGUGUGAGGAACGCCAGUUUUUCUUCAGAAGGAACCCCAGGCAGCACCAGUGUGGAUGAGGAAUUCGCUGAAACGCUCGGGAUUUCUAAGGGGUGGUUGUCCACAGGGGGAUGCCCUGCAUGGAAUGCAGCACCGUGACGGGGAAGCCUCAGGGGCGGCCCGGUCUAGACGGGGUCACAGGCCGUCAGUUAUGGUCUCUUCUUUCAAACUUAAACUCUCACUUUUGUUUCUCCAUCUACACAACAGUAUUGGACUCAGAACAUAUGCGGCAAAGAUGCAAUGAGUGAAUAAACGACACCUACUGUA